UCAUAACCUAUUUAAACACGUGAACACGAAAUGUCACAGUCAUACAUUUAGUACCAAUGUGUGGUAGCAAGAGUUAUCUGCCCUGAACGCACACAACAACUGCUUUAAUGACCGGUAAUCAUGUAACACAAUUAAACUGCCAAUUAACGUUACAUCUGUGAUAUUGCUCAUGCAGAAAGAUAUUCUGAUUACUCAUGAUUUAUAUGAAAGUGACAAAAGAGGUGGGUGAGAUAAAUACAGAAAUGUUUACAAUCGGACAGUCAGCGUGACAAAUUUACGCUGGCAGCAUGGAUGGCGCUCUAUGGCACACUUUUAGAGCUACCCUUAGACCUUCGUAUCCUACCGUUGAUCUGUCCAAUUAAAAUUUCACACCCACUUACAAAACAAUAAGAGAACAUUAAAUUAGAAAGAAAAAAGUACUUCCGCUACACUUUAACAACUUCGAUAUGAAACACAGGUUACCACGAACUGUGGGGACUACGAAACCACAGGCCUAUAUGAGACUCAAUAAAGGGAUUCCCAUAAUCGUAUAACGGAGAUUCCUAUAUAAACACUCCUGUUGUGAUAACAUACAUUUUUCACAGUACAUUCUUUAAAAGAAACGCCUAUUUUUCCUGGUCCACAGUUUUGAGUGUGGCCUCCUGUGGUACGGUUCGUACCACGAACGUUACAGUCUGGGAAGGAGAUCAGGCCGUGCUACCAUGUUUGGUCCAGAGGAACCACUCGGAUAUCGAAUGGUGCAAGCAAACCGUUCACUCCUGUCAGCUGGUUUUCGCCAGUCUUGGAGACAGCGAUGCCAUAGUUAAGAAACCAUGGACUAGCGAGGACGUGGAAUUGGUAUCAAAUUCGUCUUUACUGAUCAAUUCGACGUCAUUUAGUAGAGACGAUGGAAUUUUCCUGUGCGAAAAGAAGCUCUGGAGCAGCGGUGUCUACCUGUCUGUGUUACAGCCACCAAAGCAUGUGAAUCUGACUGGCCCGGUAAAUUCUGUUAGCGCCAACAGCCCUGUGACGUAUACAUGUCGUGUGUACGAAGGAAACCCCGCCCCAAUCCUAAGGUGGUAUCUGGGUCACUCCACAAAGCCACUGACGUCACAGAUAGGGAGAUCAGACGGGAGCAGUGACGUCAGACUGACUGUGCAGAAAGAGAUGAACGGGAAAAGCCUCAAAUGUGAAGCGUCAGUGUAUGACCGUGUUGUCUCGGAGGAAAAGAUUCUUGAUAUAAGAUAUAAACCUGUCGUUAAGGUUCAGAAGCGACCAGUCCAGAAUUCUGCAGUUGGAGAAAUAUUUCUGGUGUGUAUAGCCGAUGGAAACCCUCCGCCAAAAAUGAAGUGGGUGUUUGAAGGUACAACCAUAGCUGACAACAACAACAGCAACAGGAACAAAAAGGGCAACAACAACAACAACAUGAACAACAGCGACAACAACAACAACAUGAACAACGACGACAACAACAACAUGAACAACAACGACAACUAUAACAGCCAUAACCAGAGCAGCAACAAUGAGAGCAUCAAUAGUAGUGGUGGCAAUCAUCGUAGUCAAGAAGAUGUAUUCGCAGAAAUGAGUACUGGUGCCAGCGACAAAACUACCUUAGCUGAUGUUAGUCUGAUAAGUGAUGAUGACAUCGAUAACAACAAUAACGGCAAUGACGGAAACAACGACAAUCAACCAUCUGGAAGGGAUGAUAUCGGUUCUGUCCUUAUCCACAAAGUCACCAGACUCGAUGGUGUAGAUGUUAGAAUCUAUACGUGCACUGCAGAGAAUUCUGAAGGUGCUGCAUCAGGUCUCCUGACUAUUAACUUUAUGCGAGGACUCUCGGACCAAAACAACGCCAUACACCCCACGUUGACCAGCGUACUGCCAGCUGGAGCCGGCUUUACCCUGAUCCUGGUAGUCGUUGUUGUUAUACUGAAAUGUCGAUGUAGUAGAAGGGGUGUUGUUCACCAACUCGCUUCAGCCGAGCAAACUGGACUUGGCGUAAAUGAUGACGGUAAGUCCUAUUGA